UGUCAAAGGGUUCCAACCUCCUCCUCCUUCCCUGUGUCCAAACUCCUCCACCACUCUCCCAUCCCAUGAAGAUGAUUCAGUGGAACAAACUCUGCCGUCCGUGUUACCUGUGGGUCCUGGGGUGCUAUUUCCUGCUGGCCAUCGUCUCACUGAGAGUCUCUCUCAGAUGGAGCUGUGACUUUGAGCACCUGGACCUGGACUCCAAGGCUUUUCGAAGCCGGUACUGUAGGGACAUCUUGUACAGGUCCCUGAAGCUGCCAGCAAAAGGCACCAUCAACUGUUCGGGGAUCAUCCGUGGGGACCAGGAGGCAGUGAUCCAAGCUGUUCUGAAUAACCUGGAGGUCAAGAAAAAGCGGGAACCUCUCACGCCUGACCACUACCUCGAACUGACCAGAGACUGCGAGCGCUUCAAGGAGGAGAGGAAGUUCAUCCAGUUCCCAUUGAGCAAAGAGGAGUUGGAAUUCCCAAUUGCCUACUCUAUGGUGGUUCAUGAGAAGAUUGAAAACUUUGAGAGGUUGCUGCGAGCUCUGUAUGCCCCUCAGAACAUAUACUGUGUCCAUGUGGAUACCAAAUCCCCAGAAAAUUUCAAAAAAGCUGUGGAGGCCAUUACUUCAUGCUUCCCCAAUGUCUUCAUAGCGAGUAAGCUGGUUUCUGUAGUUUAUGCCUCCUGGUUCCGGGUACAGGCUGACCUGAAUUGCAUGGAAGACUUACUACAGAGCCCGGUGCCAUGGAAAUACUUCCUGAACACGUGUGGUACAGACUUUCCUAUAAAGACCAACGCUGAAAUGGUCCAGGCCUUCAAGCUGUUGAAUGGGAAAAAUAGUAUGGAGACGGAGGUGCCUACUGAAGGCAAAAGGCGCCGCUGGAAAUACCACUAUGAAGUGAAAGACACAUUGUACAUAACCAACAGGAAGAAAGACCCUCCACCUUAUAAUGUAACUAUGUUCACGGGAAGUGCCUAUUUUGUGGCUUCUAGAGACUUCAUAAAACAUGUCAUAAAGAACCCCAAAUCCCAAGAACUGAUUGAGUGGGUCCAAGAUACCUACAGCCCAGACGAACACCUCUGGGCAACGUUGCAGCGUGCACCAUGGAUGCCUGGCUUCACCCCUUGGCACCGCAAGUUCGACACCUCAGACAUGACUGCCAUUGCCAGACUUGUCAAGUGGCAGGGCCACGAGGGAGAUGUCAAGAAGGGGGCACCUUAUGCACCUUGUUCUGGAGUCCAUCAGCGGGCUGUCUGUAUUUAUGGGGCUGGGGACCUGCACUGGCUAUUGCAGAACCAUCACCUGUUGGCCAACAAAUUUGACCCAAAGGUGGAUGACAACGCUCUUCAGUGCUUAGAAGAGUACCUCCGUCAUAAGGCCAUCUAUGAGACUGAACUCUGAGACACACAGUGGUAGGGAUGUGUGUAAAUGGGCCAGCACUUGCUGGGAAUGUUUGGGGUGGGAGAUUAGGGCUGCCCCUAGGAGAUAGGAGCUGUACUGUAGGGGGGCAGGUAGGCACCUGUGCUGUCUGGGUGACUGCUGACUGUUCUCUCGCCCUUAUCCACAGUAGUUCCUCCACUGACUUCCUCACCGGGUAAGAAUAAGAACUACUGUUAAUUGGGAGAAGAAAGGAUAGGUGUGUGACAGGGGAUCCUGGGUUUUUGUUGAAUUCUUGGGAUCAAGUUUUCAAUUCUAUAAGGGGCACUGCCCCUAACAAUGCCAGGUUUGAUAGUGGG